UAUUUCAAAGACACAGGACUGCUGUGCAAAACAAAAUGGCAAAGCUCCUUAUCCGCAGUGUCCUGGUCACUGGUUCUAGCCGAGGAAUUGGCCUGGAACUAGUCAAGACUUUUCUCAACAAAAGGAAUCCACCAGGACAUGUUUUUGCAGCAUGUCGGAGUCCAGAAACAGCUCAGGAACUGAAGUCACUGGCUUCCAAACACUCAAAUCUUGUUACUGUCAGGAUGGAUGUAACAGACAAAGCAAGCAUUGAAGCUGCCUAUGAUGUGGUAAAGGAGACCCUGAAAGGACAUGGAUUGAACUUGCUGAUCAAUAAUGCUGGUAUUGCCAUCUACCACCCAGUGGAAGAAACUACAGCAGAAGACAUGAUGAGACUGUAUAAAACCAAUACAGUGGGACCAAUGCUGGUUACUCAAGCAUUUGCUCCCUUGUUGAAGAAAGCCGCACAAGAAAAUCCUAAUGAAAUAAUGAGCUGCAGCAAGGCCGCCGUGAUCCACAUAUCCAGUGGUUUAGGGUCUAUAGAAAGAGUCUCAAUUGAGCUGUUUAAGGACGUUCUAAUGGAAUACCGCUGCAGCAAGGCAGCACUAAAUAUGUUAACACGAUGUCAGGCAGAGACCUACAAAACCGAUGGAAUUAUUGCUGUGACUUUCGCUCCUGGCUGGGUCCAAACCGACAUGGGUGGUGCAAAGGCUCCGCUGAAGCUGCACGAGAGUGUGGGUGGGAUGAUGGAAGUGUUUGAAACCCUGACAGAAAUACACAAUGGAAUGUUUCUGAAUUGGCAAGGACUGGCUAUCCCUUGGUGAGUUUGAGGCACAAACAAGACAGAUGUACAGAAGAAUUUUGCCUGCCUUUGA